UUUGCUUACAAUGAUAACACACGUUCCGGAUUCGGGAUGAAAGCUUAAUCGAGGUCAAGAAUCGGCAGAUCGCUCUCUCUGUUCCAAGAAAAUCAAAUAAAAUCACUGCAUUCUUCGGAUGAUAAGAGAACUCGGAACAUAAUAUACCGAGUGAUCGUAGCUGAGAUGGGUUCAGUUAGCAAGAGGCCUCCGUCGUCAUGGCAACCUUCAGGAACUCAAUCUCGAUUGUCGUGGCAGCCUGCAGCCUGAUCUUUCAGCUCCAUGGAGUGCGGGGAGUGGAAUUUCUAAAGUCCAUGUGCGGUGUUUCCUAUCCGGCCAGUACGACAUCGAGGAUUAUGCACGGCACAGUUGCAAAAUUUGGAUCGGCCCCCUUCAUGGCGUAUUUGAUUCGAAAUCAGGAACUCCACUGUGGCGGGACGAUCAUCCAUGAAAGAUACAUCCUGACGGCUGCCCACUGCAUCGAGAGUGGCAUCACUGUUCGUGUGGGCGAGUACAAUACCGACACAAAUCCCGAUUGCUUGGGAAAUACUUGCUUUCCCAAAUAUGAGGACUUUCAAAUUAAGGCUGUUUUAAGAAAUAGAAAUUAUGUGGCCAGGGACUUUGUCAACGACAUUGCUCUGCUCAAGCUAACCAGAGAUAUCCAGUUUAAUCUUCACAUUCAGCCCAUCUGUCUACUCCUAAAUCCGGCACUUGUGCCCAACAGGAGGCAGUGGCAGGCCUUUGGCUGGGGUAAAACCCAACGGGGGGUGUCGUCUAGUGUGCUCAAGACCACGAUGCUGGAUCACUAUCCAAACUCUCACUGCGCCCAAAGGCUGAACGUUCAGCUCACCAACAACCAGGCCUGUCUUGGACACCAGCAAACGGACACUUGCGCCGGCGACUCUGGCGGACCACUGGUGAUCCAGAUUAAUGUAACAGGAGUGAUUCGUUACCUGCAGCUGGGCAUAGUUAGCUUCGGUGAUGAAUUGUGUCAAAGUCCUGGAGUGUACACAUAUGUGCCUAAUUAUAUAGGCUGGAUUCGGAAUGUUAUUCGGACGCUGGGAUAAUGUAACACUCUAUUUUUAUUCCUAUCUCUGGAGAAGCUGAUCCUACCACUCUUCGUUGAUGAACUACAUAUAUUUAAGCUAUCUAAAUAUAUAU